GGAACGUUUGCUGGUAGCAGUUGGGACAUUUAGGAUGUUACACAGGAAGUAAACUAGAGUCAGGUCGACAAGUGGGUUAUAAUUCGCUAGUUAAUAAAGUGCGUUACUCUGUAAACCAUUCUUGUUAUUUUGAAUUGUAUUACAUAGUCAACAUGUUGAUAAAAGUUAAGACUCUCACUGGAAAAGAAAUAGAGAUCGACAUUGAGCCCACAGACAAGGUGGAGCGAAUUAAAGAAAGGGUUGAAGAGAAGGAAGGAAUACCCCCUCAGCAGCAAAGGCUCAUCUACAGUGGAAAACAGAUGAAUGAUGAGAAGACAGCAGCAGACUACAAGAUCCAGGGAGGCUCAGUGCUUCAUCUUGUGUUGGCACUAAGAGGAGGCUCAACGCUUUAGAAUACCUGACGCUUACGCCUCUUCUCUCAUGAGUCGCUGUUUCCAUGGGGCCAGCUGUGUGCCAAGACUUGGUGCUGUCUCCCCACAGCACAGAGAUUCUGAAUCCCAUGCUCCUGGGUUGUUCAAACAAGUUAACCAUAAGGACGUUCUAAUUCCUUUCCGUAAAUGUCUUUUGUAAACCCACACUGGCCUUGAGCCAAGUUGACCUGUGUGUUUAUGCAGUACUAGGGACAGUUUGAGAACACUGAGGUUCACUUUGCUUGUGAAUAAAUGCUCAAACGUUCAAGUUAAGAGUUGUCAUAAUACACACACACACACACACACACACACACACACACACACACACAGCUACAUACUGACAGAAUACAGGUAAUGUAUACGACUGAAGACAGUUCUUUCAGAAAUCUGUCUUGAUAAACUGAGGUUAAUAGACAUUGGUUUCAGAAUUAAACAGUUUGAGUCAUUUCAGUCAACUGUAGGUUAUAGUUUACUCUGAUGUGAGCACAUGUCAUCAUUAAACCUCCAUGGCAAUGAGGGUCUUUCUGAAGCAGGAAAAAUCCAAGUUAUAUAUUCAUAAAGAAAGGAAGAUGGUUCUAUAUGGAGUAAAAGAUCUGUAAUUAAAAACUACAACAAGA